AGGAGGCGGAUGCGCUUCCUCUCCUUGCCAACGGGGCUCCGGCGUCACCAGGACCGCGCCGACAGACUUUGUUAAAGUUUCUUCUCCGGUGGUUCUCCCGGUCCAGACAUGGCUCCCAGCACGCAGCUAAAAGAGGCAAUAGCCGAUGUGCAGGAGGGGAUCCGUGCCAUCCUGCUCGGACCGCCCGGAGCCGGGAAAGGGACUCAGGCCCCCCGGCUAGCAGAGCAGUACUGUGUUUGCCACCUGGCCACCGGAGACAUGCUGAGGGCUAUGGUGGCUUCAGGCUCCGAGCUCGGAAAGAGACUCAAGGAGACCAUGGAUGCUGGCAAACUGGUCAGUGAUGAGAUGGUCGUGGAGCUCAUACAGAAGAACCUGGACACACCGGCCUGCAGGAAUGGAUUCCUGUUGGACGGAUUCCCCCGAACAGUCAAACAAGCAGAGAUGCUGGACGACUUGUUGGACAAGAGACACGAGAUGCUGGACUCUGUGAUCGAGUUUGCCGUCGAUGACUCUCUGUUGGUCCGCAGGAUCUGUGGCAGAUUAAUUCAUCAGCCCAGUGGCCGCUCCUACCACGAGGAGUUCAACCCCCCCAAAGAGCCCAUGAAGGAUGACGUGACAGGUGAGCCCCUCAUCCGCCGCAGUGAUGACAACGAGACGACGCUGCGUUCCCGUCUGGACGCCUACCACCGGCAGACGGUCCCUCUGGUGCAGUACUACAGAGCCAAGGGCCUGCACGCGGCCAUCGACGCCGCCCAGAGCCCAAACGUGGUCUUCGCCUCCAUCGUAGCUGCCUUCUCCGCUGCCACGGAAGCCCCCGCCCGUGCCACCGCCUCUGGUUGAAUCCUGAGCUGCUCCGUUUCCACCAUGGCGAAGUAUUGGAGCUGGCAAAAGAGCUGGGGUGGGUGGAAAAACAGAGGGAGAGGGGGUCAGACGAUAGGGGGACUCCUUAGAUUUCAUAAAUUAAGGUUAAUUUUGCGGUGCUGUCGGGCUCUGUGUCGUCAGCACUUUUUGUACUCCCUUCAGAUUCUGAGAAGAUUUGGGCAAAACCAUCAUGUCAAAUUCCUCAUUUUCCCCUCUAAUAAAGCUCUUGCUUUUCUACAUAAU